UUCAUAUAUUAUACUUGUUUUAUGGUCUAUGGUUCUUUUUCUUGACCUUGACAUUAGGUUGUUGGGUUGAAGUGUUCAAUAUGAAGAUCGGUUUAUGUGCUUAUAGUGGUUAUAAAAUUUAUCCAGGCCAUGGAAAGACAAUGGUAAAAGUCGACGGAAAGUGUUUCACAUUCCUCAAUUCUAAAUGUGAACAUGCUCAUCUUAUGAAAAGGAAUCCUCGAAAAGUUACAUGGACGGUGCUUUAUAGGAGAAAACAUAAAAAGGGACAGGAGGAAGAAGCUACCAAAAAACGAACACGAAGAACACAAAAAUUUCAAAGGGCUAUUGUUGGGGCUUCUUUAAAUGACAUUUUGGCUAAAAGAAAUCAAAGACCUGAAGUGAGAAAAGCACAAAGAGAACAAGCUAUACGUGCUGCAAAAGAACAGAAGAAGAGCACCAAAUCAGCCAAAAAAGCUACAGCUCCAGCUAAGGCCAAGCCAGCACCAAAACAGAAAAUUAGCAAAAAUGUUCCAAAGGCGGCACCAAGAGUAGGAGGAAAGCGUUAAAUAUGUUAUGUUCAGUUUUUCAAAUAAAACAAUGAUAUGAA